AUGAAAUCAACUCUCUUAUUCAUUGCUGCAUUCAUUGCUCUGUUAGGUCUUGUCUCUGCUCAAUACCAAACCUUCACCUACUUUACUGAUAGCUCUUGUUCAGCUGCCAACUAUGUCUAUGAAAAGACUGUUCCUGCAUCUGCUUGUACUGGAUCUAAUGCUACCACUGCUUGUACUGCCACUAAGAAUUAUUACUAUACAAGUGCUUGUGUCUCUGCCUAUCCAUCCACUGUUAAUGGAUUCAUGUUCACCUCUGAAUAUGAUAAUAGCACAUGUGUUGGUGAUGUUAAAUCUGUCACUCGUUAUAAAUUGGGUGCCUGCUAUAUUUCUGGCUCAUACUCAUACAAGUAUACCAAUGAAUGUAGAUGGAUUACUUAUACUGAUACUGCCUGUACUACUGCUGGUACUUCUGGUGCUAGUGGUGUAGCUAUUCCAGUUGACACUUGUCAAUCAAGCUAUAACAUUGUUCAAAAAUGUGUUAAGCAAAGUAAUGCUCAAAUGAUUGGUGUUUCUGCUGUUGCUUUGAUUUUUGCCAUUGUUUCAUUCCUUGGUUUUUAG